CCUAAAAUACAAACUAUCUCAGCGCAGUUGAUGAUUGGCUGUAAUAAUAUUUCACGUACCCUAUGGACCAAUCAAAUGUCUAUAAAUUUGAUAUCACACAUUGAUCUUCAAUUUGACUUUUUUAUGUCCACUGAAAGCAUACUCAUUCCACUUAUCGUCCCGGCCAGUCUCGUCCGUUUUAGAUCCCGCGAGCAAAAUUGGAGUGUUUCUCUGUAAAUUUGAAGAUAUACAUUUAAAGAAAAUAAAAAAUGGGCCGUAAAUUUGUUGUUGGUGGAAACUGGAAGAUGAAUGGUGACAAGAAUCAAAUCAAUGAAAUCAUAAACAAUUUGAAGAAAGGACCACUAGAUCCCAAUGCUGAGGUUGUCUUGGGAAUUCCUGCUAUCUACCUUGCAUAUGUUAAAAGUAUUGUACCAGACAAUAUCGCUGUGGCUGCACAAAACUGCUGGAAAGUGGCAAAGGGUGCUUUCACUGGUGAGAUUUCACCAGUGAUGAUCAAAGAUAUUGGUGUUGAUUGGGUAAUUUUGGGACAUUCUGAAAGAAGGACUAUUUUUGGAGAGAAAGAUGACCUUGUUGCAGAAAAGGUUGCCCAUGCUUUAGAAAGUGGUUUAAAAGUGAUUGCUUGCAUUGGUGAAACCCUAGAGGAGAGGGAAGCAGGCAAAACAGAGGAGGUGGUGUUCAGGCAGACCAAGGCUCUUGUUCCAGCCAUCGGGGACAAGUGGGACAAUGUUGUGUUGGCCUAUGAACCUGUCUGGGCUAUCGGCACUGGAAAAACUGCCAGCCCUCAACAGGCUCAAGAGGUGCAUGCUUCGCUACGCAAUUGGUUAUCGACCAACGUGUCUGCCGAUAUCGCCAGCUCAGUCCGCAUUCAGUAUGGAGGCUCGGUGACAGCUGCCAAUGCGAGGGAGCUCGCCGCUUGCCCAGACAUCGAUGGCUUCCUCGUCGGCGGCGCCAGCCUCAAACCUGAGUUUGUAGAUAUCGUCAAUGCCAGCAAGUAGAAGCUGAACAUAUGGUAUGAGAUGCUGUCAUGGGCCUACAGACAAUACCGCGUUUAAAAAUUGCGACCCGCGAACAUUAGUGUCUCAUCGAUCGAUCAUAGUCAAGAAACAGUGUAAUAUAAACUACUUUUAUUGCAUUAAAUGUUAAUAGAAUAUGAUAGUAUAAGACUAAGAUUGAGGGUUUCAGCACAAGUUACUGACUAAUGUUCUAAAAUAAUUUUAGGUAGUAAUCAAAACCAUUUUAUAUAUUAAUCUAAAUGGUUGACCCUCAAUUCAAGUCGAAUAAUGGGUUAUUCACUAUAUUAUUAUCACAUACAUAUAAUAUUCAACUAUAUUAAACAUUGUAAUUACGUAAAGUUUAACUUUGUCCCUUGCAUCUCUUCCCUGGCAUAUUACUGUUAUCGUAUAUCAAUAAUAUGAUACUAGGAUAUUUUCAUUUAUAACAAUAUUUUGAUAGCUUAAUAAUUUAUAAAUCCUUAUUUAAUGUGAAUGUAUUUUUUGCUUUUUCAUGAAAAAAGGAUACAAUGGUUUUAGGUGACUUUUUAAUUCGGAGGUAGCCAGAGGGCUAAUAGCUAGCUUUAAAAAAUAUUUCUAUAAACUAUGUUGUUUAUUAUUUAGGAUAAUAAAAUGGAUGAUAUUUUCAUCAUUGUGUGCAUAACACACACACUACUUCAAUGACGCCAUGUAUUGACCAAGGCUAUCAUUCAAUGUCGAGCUCUUAUAGUGAAUAACUCUUAAUACCACAUUUUAAUAAUAAUUGCAAUUAAUACUGCUGUCGCUAUUUUAUCCUUGAUAUAAUAAUAACAACUUUAUCAAACGAAGUAUGUGUCAUGUAGGUGAAAUAUAUUAUAUUAGUUAUGUAAUAUUAGAUAACUCAAUGGGCGUAAACAGUAGACAAAUAUUAAUGAAUAUUGUAUCACUAAAUACGUGUAAGACUUUAAACUUGUUGUUGUUAAAGAAGUUUAUUUAUACUAGCGUUAUUAUUGAUAUGUGUUAAUUAUAACUUUUAUCAUCUUUUGUUGCAAUUGUACACCCGCUAGAUUUACUAUUUACAACACUUUUAUCUUGCGAUUAUGUUUCAAGUUUACGUACAUAAAAUUAGUAAAAAAAUAGUUCCUUUUUUUUUCUAUGGCUACUAUUAGUCUUGUAAUCACCGCCUAAUUACAACAGGCUUGAUUAUGUCUGUGUUUAUUUCUUCUGCAAUAUUUUAAUCAUGGCUCUUGCGAUUUAUAGUCUACCUAUCUUUACGAAGGAUACUUGCAGAAAUGCAUAUUAUUUUAUUUGUAAUUUUUGUUCAUAACUUUAUAUUUCGAGCUUUUAAGUAUAAAUAAAAUAUUAACAUAAUGAAA